GACAGAUGAAAGAAGAGCGUACAAGUCAAGACGUGACAGUGAGGGCUAAAAUGGCGAACACCACGAUAUCUACUCAGUGACGACCUCUGUAUCACACUGUAUUCCGGUCUAGAUUGCAGAAGUCACUAGGAUGAUCUCCCAGGUCACUCCCUCUCUGUACCUAAGUGGAGUGGAGGCCCUAAAUCAGUCAGCACUGUCCCACAGAGGCGUCACCCUGGCUGUGAAUGCCUGUUCUGAGUAUCCCUGCCCUGAGUACCAGGGGGUGGACUGCAUCUGCGUACCUGUAGAGGACCAACCUCACGCCCCUCUGGACCAGCACUUUGACAGUGUGGCCGAACGGAUCCAUCAGAACUAUAGCGGAAGCUCACUGGUGUUCUGCUCGGCAGGUAGAAGCAGGUCUCCUUCUCUGAUCAUGGCGUUUCUCAUGAGGUUUGAGGGAAUCUCGCUACUUCAAGCUCAUCAGCAGGUUCUGGCAGCUCGACCUUUUAUCCGUCCAAACGCAGGGUUCUGGAGACAGCUGCUACGGUACGAGAAGAAACUAACACAAAGAAACAGCAUCAAGAUGGUGGCCAGCUCACAAGGUGUCCUACCAGAACCCAUACAGCCCGCAGAGGACUCUCUAUAAUGCCUUAAUGCAUAAAACAGGUUGAGGUUUUGAACAAUGUUUUCAGAUAGAAAAGGACUCGUGCCUUUACCAUGUUUUUGGAUAAGGUGUCAUAGGUUUCAGUUUAAGACUAGUCUAAGCAGUUUAUGCAACGGCACCGAAAGUAUUAUGUGAUGGUUUUAAAAGGUAAACAGCCUGUUCAUAAUGGCAUUUAUAAUAGAAAACGUUAGAAAUUGUAUUGCUUGUGUUUUCAGCAGGUGUGAAUGUUGAAUGACUAAAACGCCUUACAAUGUCAUGCUGUUAACGCAUAAACACAUUUUUAUUGUUGUCGAAUGUUACCACUUAAAAAACGACUUCCCCACUUUAUAGUCCGCACCCACUACUGCUCAAAACACAGGUGAAAUUAUUCCUGUUCCACCUCCGAGUUACUCCGCUUAUUGAAGUUAGAAGUUGUAAAAUUUUUGUUGUAAUGUUUUAAAACUGAUAAAUAGGUAAACCUAAACCAUUGUAGUUGUAAAACGUUUUAAAGUAAUCGGACCGCUGUUUUGGAGUCAAUAUUCAACACUUCUAUGUUGUAACUAGUUCAUGAUUGGUUAUAACAGUUGCCGACAUCAGUUUGUCUUGAUGUUGUAGUGCGCCAAGAGGAAACGGAAACUGAAUUUAUCGGAACACCUGUUGACGUCACGAAAAGCUAUACGCCUUUUAACGUUUUAUUUUAAGUGAUAAUCUCAGACAACUUUCCUGUACUUAAGACACCACAGAUAAGUGGACCAUGACGCCACAAGUAAGUCAUAACAGUAAAAUAUUUAAUAAUACUUUUUAAAUAAAUUGUUACAAAAUAGCCUACGUCAUGCUUAACCUAAGCAUGCAAAUAUGGUGGUUCAUUUUUGCUCAUGGCUAUGGAACAAAUAGGCUUAAUACUUAAAUGGUGUCGGAUACGUGGCAUGAGGAUGACAAAAUGAUAAAAGAAAGUUUCAAUUUUGGAUUAACUUCUUUCUUUCAGUUUAUUGUCUUAAAACAGAAGGUGUCCUAACCCCAACUAUUUAAUAUGAAUAAAAAAUAUAUAUAAAUUAAGAAUCGGUAAUAAAUGCUGUACUUAUUUCAGCCAAAGAAAACUUGACUAAACGUUGCAUUCUUGGCACAUUCCUAAAUUAACCAUGGCAUUACUACAGUAACAAGUUUAACUAUUGUAUUUAUGGUUAAAAAAUGUUAUCCACAGUUACCAUUGCCUCAAUACAGUAACCAUAGUUGUACCAUAAAGUACAACUAAAUUACAAAAGGUGAGCAAUCCACCAAAAAGAUGAUAACUAUGCUUUACUGUAAUAAACUAUGGGUAGUUUUCCUAUUGUCAAAAUAUAAUUGUUAUUAAGAUUAUUGUAAUGUAUCCUUAAUGUUGCGUCAUAUAAAAUGGACACACAUUCAUGGGAUACAGUGAAUAACAGCUGAUUCUAAUCUCCACCAAUCCAUUCAUGGCCUGUAAGGGUUAAACCUUUGUGCACUGUGGAGGAAAUGCUGUUAAAGCUUCCUUUUAUUCUGGACUGGAAAAGCAUGCACCGUUUCUGCGUAGAGAUCUGAAUAAAAGCACUUCUUAAAGAUGCCGGAAGUAAAAUUUUAAGUAUGUCCGGGUAGGUAAGGUUGCAUGUGCUGACAAGUAAACAAAUUUCAACUAUGCAGUAUAAUAUAUUUAAUACAUCUGUCAGUAAAAGGUAUAUUUCA